CUUGAUAUGCUGCUAUGACGCACAGUAUCAUCAUACACAUCCAAGAUAGAAUGAUUUGACGAUGAAUUUGAAUUCCUACCUCGAAGCGCAGAUCCCGUACCUGCGGACCCUCCAUAGCUCGCUCGGCCUCGCUUCUUCCGAGCUCGCCAACGACCUCCGUGGGAUCGAAGAGGCCAUCAAACAGGCUAUCGAUGCUAGGGUGGAAAUCCGAAAAGAUGCGGUAAAGGAGCUGGAAGAAAAGAUCGCCAAGGUGAAGAAGAGGGUGGGCAAGAUGAGGGAAGUGCUCGGUGAACAGGGGGAGAAGCGGGAUCAAGAGGGUGGGGACGCCGAUAUGAGUCUACCCGCACGGUUGGGCAGCUUGGAGUCUGAAGAAGCUAGAUUGAAGUCGACCCAUGAGGAUAGGAUGCUCAAAGUGAAAGCUCUCACCGGACAGAUUAGCUCGAUUUCAGCGAUAUUGGGGAAGACGUACAGUCUCCCUCCCGAGCUCACGGCAAAAGCAGGGCUCAUCGAGACACAUCGUGAUUCACCAGCGGUAAUGCUGCUGGGAGCCGUUGUGGACGUUUCGGUACAUGAGGAGGAUCUCAUGGAGGACGGGAGCAUGGCCAGGAUUGCCGCACUGGAGGAAGCUCUCCGGCUGGUUCAUCUCGAAAAGAUCAAGCGAGCUGAGGAACUAAACGAUCUCUUCGACGACCUCCGGUUUCUGCACGGCGAACUCUGUCUUCCCACCGACGCUACGAGGUCCGGCUGGUAUAUCCCGGAUUCGGCUGAAGUCGACACGCACCUUCCCCUCAUCGAGGCUUCCAUCGCAUCCUCGGAGAACGACGUAAAUCCGACCGAGACUCUGACAGACGUCUGUUUGGCGCUUCAAGAAGCCUGGGUCGGCGAGAAGACGAGGCGGGAAGCGAAGAUACAGUCACUCUAUGAUGAGCUUGAGCCUAUCUGGCUGCGACUACAGGUCACUCAGGAAGAGAUCCAAACCUUCAUCGAGGCUCACUGCGGGUUGGCCGUGAGCACCAUCGAAGCUUACAAAGUGGAACUUCAGCGGGUGAAAGUUCUGAGGAGUGCAAGUCUUGGAGGGUUUGUCCAAACGGUUCGGGAGGAAAUACAAGGCCUCUGGGAUAGGCUACUCUACGGACCCAGAUCAACGGAACGUUUCCGCGCAUUCUAUGCGGAAUCGAUCUCCGAGGAGAUACUCGCCGAGCACGAGAAGGAAGCUCAACGGCUGACGGACGAAGUUCUCGUCAAAGGGGCGUUGCUAUCCAAGGCACAGGAAUGGGUCGACCUCAAAGCGAAGGAAGAGGAGCUCGAGGCGAAGCGGAACGGUCCCGAUCGAUUCAACACGAGGGGAGGGGCGCUCCUGCAAGAAGAAAAGAUGCGGAAGCGAUUAGGGAUAUUGAAACCGAAGCUUGAAGCGGAGCUGAUGCGAGAGGUCCCGUUGUGGGAAGAGGAACACAAUAUGGAUUUCCUCGUUGAUGAUAUCAGGAUUGUGGAGAUAAUUCUGCUUGAACAGGAGGCAAAGGAUGCCGAGAAAGAGGCAAAAAAGCGAACAAAGAUCAUGGGCAACAGCGCAGCUACGCCUGCAAGGCUCAACAUGAGCACGCAACGGACACCUCUAGCGAGAUCCACACACGAAACCACAACGCCGACUCCUUUCCAGCGAGGGCAUCGUGCGACACGGAGCGUCAAUCCGUUGGCCAGCAGCACCUCCUCGAUCUCAAACGCUGGGCGUCGACAGCAAGCUCCUCCUCCGGUAUACGGUUUACCCCGCCCGACAACUACCCGGAAUUACACUUUGCCGCCAGCGAUCAAACCGCUGGGAUCGUCGGGCGCGCACAAUGUCGCUCAACCACGAGUGGCGACGUACGGUUCGCUCAGUAGCGGGAUCCCGAAAAUCGCAGGCACUACCACUGCGUUGAGCCGAGAUGGAACCAGGAGACCGCCACGAAGGGAGUCUUUCAAACCGAGACGCUCAAUCGUGUCGAGGAUCAAUUCAGCGGCGUCGACGGAAACGCGGACGUGGAGGUUGGAGGAUUUCGUCGAGGAUUUAUAGCAUCAACCCUUUCGACCCGUUUCAAUUCGCUUUCGCUCGAAGAUUGUCCCCAUACCCUCAAGUUGUACUGAUACAGGCGCAGGCAAAUCAUAAUGACGGGAUGUCUGGCCCUAUUCCCUCAGAUAGAGCGCCCCUGGAGACCGCGAACGUUGUUGUUGUUGUGUUGUUGUUGAUUUUGUGGUUGCGUGGUUGACUAUAGUGAGCCGUUUGUUCCAAGCGCCUAGAAAAACAAUAAUCGGCGGUCGCCGUCGCCGCGCGAGAUCUAUAGUCCUUCCUCUGAG